ACAGCAUCGUUUUAUUGUUUAAAAUUUUUCGUAACGUAUCAUGCGAAUUCGUGAUUCUGAAAAAGUUUCUAAUGAUUCUAAUGAGGUUCAAGAGGACACAAAUAACUCUUUCAAUCAUGCCAAAUUGCCAAUUGCUAAUCCUUUAAUGACGUCUUCACAGCAAGCCAAAUACAAUGAGGUUUCAAGCGAUUUGGCUGAUGUCAUUAGUGGACUGUAUCGAUUGUUGGACUUAUGCAAUGAUGAUGAUAUAAAUGACGUUGUGGACAAAAUAAUUAUUUCCAAGGAAUAUCUAGAGAAACUAUGCAAUGAUAUGGUCCCUUCAAGUUUCAAAUCUAUUUCUGAAAUUAAUUAUACGAAAUUGAAUUCAAUCUCAUUUCGUCUUAUUGGAUGUUAUGGAAAUCGUAAUUUAAUCGCAAAGUUCUUGUUAAAUAGGAACAUAAUUGAUCAACAAUUGUAUGAUUUGCUUACUGCUUCCAUAUCAAUUAAUGAUACAAACAAACCUUCGUUACGUCCAGGAAUUUACUUAUUAGUAAUGAAAGACAAUUUGUGUUUACUUAUUCACUGGCCCGAAAUUGGAUGCUAUGAAAAUGCUUCAAAUCCUUCUUCCCAGAUUAAAAGGAAUAUGGUUAAUUUACAUAGAUACUUAACAAAACUUACAGAUUAUCAGAUGUGUUUUAUGAGCGAUAAAGAUUUAGAAAGCUUUGAUCUAAAUUUAGAGAAUUCUGUUAAUAACUCAGACGAAGAUGAUGAAACACAAUUUGAGUUUGAAGUGAAAAAAGGCAAAGGAAAAGAAGAUUUCAAAAUUGACAACGGAUUUAAGAUAAAUUUGCCUAAUAAAAUCAAGAACGAAAUUAAUAAUCAAAUGGAAGAUGAGGUCCCAUUAUAUCCAAUAGUUGUUGAAUCUACUACAAAUCAAUCAUUCGUCACUCGGCAACUGAUAAAAAAAACUUGGGAUUUAAAAAGGAUUUCUUCAUAUAUUUCUGCAAAACAGUUUCCAGAUGUUCUUAAAACUAAAUUGCAAGAUCGUUAUUUACUUAUUGAUCGUAAUAGGAUGGAUAUGAAAGCAUUGGAAUCAUUUGUUAAACAUGGAUUAAAAAUGGAAGAACCUUUAAUUCCAUUGUACGAAGAAAUAUCUGCUGCUAAAAAACGAAAUGAAGAGCGUGAGAUUCAGGAAAAAAAUGCUAUCGAUAAAGAUAUCAAAAUCAUUCAACAAAUAAUAAUGGCAUCAACAAACCUACGUGCUUUUGAGAGUUAUUUUGACAAAUAUACUAUGCAAGAUAAUUCAUUAUCACAACCAAAUAUAAGCGAUACGGAUUUCGAAAGAAUUCGAACAAAAUAUCCCGAAAUAAAAAGUCAAAUUGAAAAAAAGAUUCAAAUUAACUCAAAAGAUUGGAAAAAAAUGAAAAAAAGGUAUAAUUUAACAUGUAUCUUUAUUGAAGAUAUACGGGAAAAAAUCAACGAAGCUAGUGAUGAAAUGACAGAAUAUUUAGCAAUGCGAUGGAUUUUUGGUAAUUCAAACAUCAAUGAUUCAAACGUCAAUAAAGCAAAACAAAAGACCAAAGCUAAGUCAGAUGAAGAAUUUAUUCAAGAACUCGUUAAAUUUGAAUCAUUUGAAGGAUAUGAUGAUAUUAAAGAAAAGAUUAUUAAUACUUUUAUUAAAGAAUACUAUAAAUGGAAAAAAGAUGAUUUACCUCAAGAAAUUUUGAAAAGUACUCGGUAUAAUAAACAACUAAAAGAUAAAUUAAAGCGAAUAUAUGAAGAGGAAAAAAAAAAUAUUGAAAAAAAUAUGUUUGACAAAAUAUGUAAUGAAAUAGAUACUAAAUAUAAAGAUGGCUCUAUGCGAUUAAUUGUAUUAAAUGUAAAAAAAUCAUUUGGUUACUUUAUGGUUGAAUAUGAUAUUGAAGAGCUUCAAUCAAAACAACUGCAGAUAACUAUUCAUGAAACAUCAUUAAAAGAAGAAGAUAAGUUUCAGAUUCAAGAAAAUGAGUCCCAUAUUCCAUGUCCAUGUCCAAUUUUACUUUCUAACAUGAAUGAAUAUGGUAUCUCAUUUCGCAUUGAUCCUCAGAAUUAUGAUUUUAAAAAAAUAUCUCAAUUCGAUAACCAUAAAUUUCUUCUUAUGCUUUACAAUAAAAAAAUGCAAAGAAUCGAAAUAUUCUUUGAUACUGCGCAACAAUUGGCACAAAAUUUUGAAUCACAUUCGACUAUUAAACCAUUUAAAAUAUUGAAUACAGAUGAAAAUUUUAUUAUUGCAAUUAAUGAACCGAAGGGGUUGCUCGCAAUAUAUAAUACGGUAGAGGUUAAGCUUGCUGUAUUUUCUUUUAACGAUAAUCGAUCAAGAUUAUAUGGAUGUGGUACUAUUAAAUUAUUGCAAUGGUAUAAUAAUAGUAUACCGAACAUUAAAUAUUUUCUAUUCAUCAAAGAUACUGAGUACCUAUGCUUUGUUGAGAAUAGUGGACGAGCACGUGUUUUUAAUCUCGCAAAUCUACAAUUCCGACCAGCAGUUUGUAAUUUUCCUUAUUAUAAUCUAGUAAAUGUUUUAAGUUCUCCGGAUGGUUCUUGUAUUGUGGCAUUUACGAAAGAAGCUGAUUCGAUUAUUUCUACUGAUAAUAAAGAGCAACACGAUAAUGAUGAUAUUAAGGAAAUAAAUCGUGCAUAUGUUUAUUUUUUCGAAACUUUUGGAGGUCCUGUUAGUAAAGUUGUUGAUUUACCUUUAAGCUUUAAAUCCUUGGAGUUUCUUCAAAUUUCCUGUUUCAAUAACCAACAAACUCAUUUGAUCACAUUCGAUUUACAGAAUGGAUGUUUGAAAUCUUUAUUAGUUAAAAUUAUUCUUGAAAAAGCUCAACUUCGUUUCCAAAAAUGUAUGCGAAAAAAAUCACUUGCGUUUCAGAGAACAAAUCCAAAUGAUCUUAUCAAUGCCUAUAAAUUAAUGUUUGAAAAAUAUCCAAUUGAUAACUGUAUCGAUCCUAAGCAAAAUCGUCCUCUUAGUUUGAAAAUAGUUCUUGAUAUUGAUGAUGAUGCUGAAGAUUACGGCAAAAAAUUUGAAGAAUAUAUCACUAAAAUGUUUGAAAAUUUGAAACGUUCCACCAAUAAACCCGCGUUAAUGCUAAAAGAGUUUUCUUCAUCAGUUAUUACUUUCCAGGAUCUUGAUGUUGACAAUGCGAAUUUUCGGAAGAAAUUUUCAUCAGAAUAUCAAUUAGGGGAAUGGAUUAUUCAACUUUGUUGUUUAAUUCCUAUACAAAUUGCUGUAACAAGAAACAAUUUAUUUCAGCCACUUAAAGAUGGAUUAUCUUCGAAUGAAAAUUAUCCAAUUGAAGUUGAAGACGGUCAUCAUGUAGACAUUAUAUCAAAAAACAUAUCUUUUGGUUGGUAUGAAGGAAUUUUCAGGCAUUUUGGUAAUAAAAAAGUAAAAGUUAUUUCAAGCAUGGGCGAACAAUUAUGUGGGAAAUCAUUUAUGUUAAAUCAUCUUGUUGGAACUACAUUUGAUGGUUCGCGUUAUACCGAAGGCGUAUGGAUGUCAUUAGUAAACACACAAGAAAGUAUCUAUGUCGCGCUUGACUUUGAAGGAUUAAAAUCUUUUGAAAGAACUCCACAAGAAGAUAUGUUUUUAGCGCUUUUUAAUACAAUUGUCUCAAAUCUUAUUCUUUUUAAAAAUCAAUUUAUCAUAAAUAGAGAUAUAUCGACAAUGUUUCAGAAAUUUCAAGAUUGCGCACAGUUAUAUGAAUCGGAUCCAAAGUUAUUUCAGGCAAGACUUUGUGUUAUCAUCAAAGACGUGCCUAAAGUAGAUAAAGAUGGUAUCAUUAGAGAGUUUCAAUCAAAAUUUGAUCAAUUAAUCGCAGAGGAAGGUGAAGAUAAUUUUAUUACAAGAAUGUAUGGAGGUGGAUUGGAUAUUAUACCUUGGCCUGUUUUUGGUGAAAUUGCAUGGUUUAAAACCUUAUCAAUUAUUAAUAAAAAGUUAGAAAAGCAAAAAGUAAAAUAUGAAAAUGCUAUAACUUUCUUACAGAAUAUAAAAGUAAUUAUGGCUAAAUUAAAGAUAUGUGACUGGAGUUCAUUAGAUGAAAGUCUCAUACAGAUACGUAUUGCAACAUUCAAAAGGUUACUUCCCAUUGCUAUCUCUUAUGGUUUAGAACAAAAAGAUUCUGUUACCAAACAACUUAUGGAUCGGGAUUCCGGAAAACCAAUUGAAGAUCCAACAAUUAACUUCACUGACUAUAUGUUAAACGAUGUUGAAUCUAUUGAAUUAUUACCAGAUGCUGAUAUUCAUUUAUAUGAUGAAAAUGAAUCUUUUGCCCAACUUUCUGAAGAUUUAAGAGAUCACUUUGAAAAGAUAGUACAAUCACGAGAAGAAAUGUCCGAUGAAAACAAGUGGUUUGAAAAUUAUGCUAAAUUCUCGAAUUAUAUUGUUGAGCGUCGUAUAUCACGUGUUCGAAAAUGGUACGCACAAAACACUGCUAAAUUGCCACAAGAUAAUAGUAAUGUCAUCUAUGGAAAAUACGAAAUGGAACAAAAACUUGAUAAAUUAACUCUAUUAUGGACUUUAUGUGGAUUAGCAUGCCACCAAUGUCACUUAAAAUGCAUGAAAAAUUUCAACCAUGAAGAAGAUCAUGAUUGUUUAACAAAUCAUAAAUGUAAUUUUCCAUGCCAAUUUGUCGAAGUACACAACAAAAAAUUAAUUCCGAAAUGUAGCCAUAAAGCUGGACAUGAAGGUAGACAUAUUUGUAGAAAAAUAAAGCAUUUAUGUGGUGAGCCAUGUAAUCUUAUUGAUAAGCGCAAUUGUCAGAAAGUUUGCUCAAAAGAAAUAGGGCAUCUUGAUGGUGAACAUUUAUGUCAAUCAACACGUCAUUAUUGCGGAGAAAAUUGUUCAUUAUCAACAGUUACUGUAAAUGGAGAUUAUCAUUGUCCAAAUAAAUGUAUUAAAUCGCAUGAAGAACAUCAUGAAUUACACAGCUGUGAAAUUGAGACUUGUCCAAUUCAAUGCCCAAUUCCGUAUUGCGAGAAAAGAUGUCAAAGUGAUCAUUUUCAUACUUUUUUUGACUUACAUGUUGAUCAUUUUUGUGGGAAUGAACAUCAGUGUCAUGAGUUAUGCGAGGAUGGUGGUGUAUGUAAAAUAGUAAUUGAACCUAAAAAGCAACUUCAAGGAGCGUUUAUAAAGUACAUUCAAUUAAGUGAAAGAUUAAGAUGUAAUAAGAAAAUUCCUCCGAACAAAUCUAAACAUCUCGGUAAACAUACACAUAAUGAUAAUGGAUUUCAUUUUUGUGAAGCACAAUGUCACUUCUGUGGAUAUUUCUGCAUUUUACCUUAUGGUCAUGAACAAUAUGACCAUAAUACAAGACACGGUAUUGAUGUUAAUACGAAAAUUAAAGUUUUUGAAGACGAUGCAUCGGAAUAUACAAGUGUUGAUGGUCAAGGAAAAUUUACUCUUUGUAACUUGCGGAAUCAUAGUAGACAGUAUUGCCUUUUCUCCAGUUGAAAUUUUUACUAGUGAUACUAGUGACAACCAGUGACGGCCUCUUAGGUACACCUCCCUACCUCCCGACUGGAAUAACACUAUCUUUUAUUAAUGAGGAACAAAUUCAAUCUAAUCCUGAUAAGACGAGAACAGGCUUCAAAGGUAGUUAUAGAGUAUUUAUGAAAAAUUAUAAAUCUCUAUUUAUAUGUAAUAAAUACAUUCCCAUUUCUCCCCAUUUCUAUAAUUUCCUAGAUCCUUAUCCAGAAAAACAAUGAUAGGCAUACAAUUAUUUGUCUCAAUCUAAAAUGAAUUAUAUAUAUAUAUUAACCUUCUUUAUUCAAACCCAAGUUUUCACUUAAAUUAAUUUCAUUUGCGGCUUUAAAUCUUUAAAUAUCAAAAAAAA